CCAAAAUUAAACCCGUUUUUGAAACGGGUUGUAUUUUUUUGCUCAAAUCAAAUUUUUGGGCUUUAUUGUAACCGCGGACGUGCCGCAAUAGUAUUGGUUGGGGCACCUUAAUCGAACGUAUGUGCCCUAACAAAACCCAAUGACCAAAGCUGAGGUUUAAUUUCAGCGACAGAAGCCGAAAGCCGAAAGACGAAAGGCGGUUUCGAGUUUAAAAAAAAAUUGUUUAUCUUUAAUGAAAUUCAGAGUUUUCAUUUCAAAGACUGAAUUCCAAAUCUCAUAAAAAAUGGCUACACCAUUUUUGGCUGGGCUUGCAGUUGCUGCAGCCGCUCUUGCUGGCAGAUAUGGAAUCCAUGCUUGGCAAGCAUUUAAGGCAAGACCGCCAACACCCAGAAUACGCAAAUUUUAUGAAGGUGGUUUCCAACCUACAAUGACGAGAAGAGAAGCUGCGCUGAUUCUUGGUGUUAGGGAGAAUGCAACACCAGACAAGGUCAAGGAGGCGCAUAGGAAAGUAAUGGUUGCAAACCAUCCUGAUGCUGGUGGUAGCCAUUAUCUGGCUUCAAAAAUCAAUGAAGCUAAAGAUGUGAUGCUUGGGAAGAAAAAGGGCAGUGGAUCUGCUUUCUAAAUCCUAAAUAAUAUUUGAGUCUGGGAUGCAUGUGACAACCUGCAAGAAGUAAACCCUCUUCAUCGCCCUUCAAAAGUAUAUUUGUUUAGAGGUAGGUUAUGCUUGCCAACGAAUAUGCCCCAAAAGCAUAGAAAUUGUAUGUUGAAAGCAAGACUUAUCUUGAAAUGUUCCUAACAAUUAGGUAGUCGAUGUCAAGUCCUAGAUGAGUUUAAAGGAAAUUGUUUUCAAGAAAUUUCAUGGUCAUCUGCUAUAAUUGUUAAAGAUAUUCAUGAGUUUUAGUUAAAUGGCAUUUGAGUUCUUUAAUGCUUCAUGACUUUCCCCUUUAAAAAUGAACCCUAUCAUGAUUCAUGAUAUAUAAAAGAUGAAGUUUGUUGAGCUUAAGGUCAAUAUUGUUCUUUUUUUCGUCUUAUUCAACAUAUGACCAUUGUUCUUGGUAUUACUAUAUAUUUCAUUUGAAGAGAAUCAAGUUUCAUUCUAGUCCUGUUUCUGUAUUUACUUCAUAUUAAAAUGCCUGAAAAGUUGAUGGUAUCUUCAUAUUCAAAUGGCAAAUGGCUUCAUUGAUUAUUGAACUCCAUGUUUUCCUUGUGAGAAGUUUGUGAAGAUUACAAGAAUUGGUUCUGAAGCAGUUGAUUAUCCAGGUUGGAUUUUUGAAGUUUGAACCCUACAAUGGACUAUAGUUAUAUUGGAGAGCUAUCUUGACUAUUAUCCAUGAAUUAAUGUGGCAUAAUAAUUACUCAUUGACUUUUUACAAACAUCUGUAAUCUUUUCCAAUCUCCAAAAGCCAUGUAGCAAAUAAAUAAGAAUUGAGUAACC